AUGGCUCACAAGAGGCCUUUUGGAGAUGAGGAGGAUUACAGGGUUGCUUCUAAGCAUCCAAGACAUUAUGACAAUAGUUACCGACUCGCAUCAUUUAUAGAUGUUGCUCCUUAUGCCGACACUUCUUCGGAUUCUCAGACUUCAGGUUAUGUAAGCUUCACUAAAAGGAAUGUAAGUGACAUAGAUUUGGAUCUCCCAGCUUGUGGGUACACGAAAGAUGAGAUAGGUGCUUCUGGAAGCCUUUUUAGUUUGUGGCUCACCCAUAGGUCAGAGGCAGCAACUCACGACGAUGAAAUGUGUUUAUCCUAUUUGACUUAUGGUCCUCGUAAAGUAGUUUCUAUUGGAACAAAUUAUCAGGCAGAUAUUCCAGUCUGGGGCGUUAAUGAGACAAGAUAUUCUAUCCCAACAUCAAGUGUCGAUGAGAACAUUGGAGAAUUGAUUGGGAACUGUGUGAUUCCAAUGCCCACAGAUAAUGCAGGCAAUACCAACUCUGUUGGAUAUGUUAAAGAUGAUUGCAGCUGCCCAGAUCAGGGUUCUGUAAGAUGUGUAAGGAAACAUAUCACAGAGUCCAGGGACAGGCUUAGAGCGACUCUUGGGCCCGAGACAUUUGCGGAACUAGGGUUCUAUGAAAUGGGAGAGGUGGUGGCUACGAAAUGGAUUGAACGGGAAGAGAUGGAAUUUCAUGAGGUAGUGUUCACAUAUUCUGCAUCGUCUGGUAAGAGCUUCUGGGAUCGUCUGUCAGCAGUCUUCCCAUCCCGAACAAAGAAGGAACUUGUCAGUUAUUACUUUAAUGUGUUUAUGCUUCGUCAACCCGCUGAGCAAAACAGAUCAGACUCUCUGGAAAUAGACAGUGACAAUGAUGAGUGGGAAGGAAGUGAUGAAGAGGAAGAUGAGAUAAGAACCGCAGAGGAAUCCGAAGACUCUGCAGUAGAGUCUCCGCAAGAAGAUCCCGUCUCUUACGAUAAUAACGAUGGCGAUGACAACAAUGAUUGGGAUACAGGGGAUGAUGAAAGUACUGCUGAUGAGCACUAUUGCAGUUUUGGUCCUAAAUUCCAUACCUCAUCUAAGAAUUCGCAGAGCAGUGGUGAAGAUUUUGAUACACAUGAUGACUCUUGUUUGUCGUUUGAGUGUCAAGCCAGCAAAGAGGAGGUCUUCUGCGAUCAAACUGAUACGAGGAAAAGACCGAAUCAGGCAGAUAAUAACCGCGGGGAGGAUUAUCUGCAGUGUAAUUUUGAUGAGCGGUUUAAUAAUGCCUCUCUUAAGCAGCAUGGAUAUGUAUUUAGUUCAUGUGCCUCUAAAGUUUGGGAUGUUGGGUAUUUGGACAGUUUUGAAGCUGAUGCUGAUUUCCUAUCCUUAAGAAACAUGGCAUAA